GUGCAUUCACUCCAGGGGCCGCCGGUCCUAGCAUCUAUACCACAACCAUUCCUUCCAAGCGACAAAGUAUGCGCAACCCGGCCAACCCCCCUAUAAAGCAUAUACUACGGCCCCAUCACAUCAACCUCCUUGUCAUCGUCGUCCUAGCGUUCCAGACAUUCGAUCAUGCGCCCGAUGGACCACUCCCCGCGCCAUUCAUGCUUCACCUCUAUCGCAUCCUCAUUCGCGAACUCUCUGAAGUAAUGGAACCGAAGGGUUUCGGCGAUCUGACUACGGAAAUCAUGAGAGGUCCUAUGGGCGACCUUCCAACUGCGCAGAAAUUCUGCCAAAGUUUCUCGAGCGAGCAUCAACGACUGCAACGGCCACAAGAUCUGUCUGACUUCUUCUCAAGUACGUCUGUCCAACUCGUACAUGGCCGACGCUCCCUCUUUGGGUAUUUCUGCCAUCGAUGUUACAUCAGCUCUCGCAAGCUAUCUUUCACCGGCCUCUCCAAAUUGCACCGGGACUACAUAUCCUGGAUCGAACUCACCUACCCAGCUGGCCUCCACCCAGAUGAGCGCUCAACGGUACUUCCGGGCUAUGAAGAUACUAGAGAGGAUGCCCUCACAAUGGACUAUUUGGUUCAUAAGACGCAGAGCGACAAGAAGCCUCACGCGGUCGGGACCGCACUCGGCGAUUACGAGAAAGCAGCGGCCAUAGGUGACGAGAAUGGCGCGACAGAACAUUUGCGACGCUUCUUCGAGCAGCACUUUCACGAGCUCAUGAUUCGACUCCGGCAACACGGCCUACUCAACGUUGCCCGGAGACAUUACUUGCACCACGAAUUUGUUGCCUGCCGGAAGACUCUUCAGGAGGCUAUCGGCGUAGCGCGGACAUGCGGUGACAAACUUACUCUGCAGGCCUGCAUGAGUUUGCUCAACCGUCUGCCUCCUACGGAACGCGGUCGAAAGCCGAUCAUCAACGAUAUCCAGCCUGAUCUGCAUCCUUACGAGAUUCUGCGCGAUGUUGAGAAGCUCAUGCAGAUUGCCAAUCAACAACCGCUGACGGCGGCUUUCGAGAGGAUCAUCAAAGCAGGAGGAUUGUACGAUCACUGGAUCAACCUUCAGCGCGCCCCCUUCAUAGAGGCGGAGCAGUGGGGCCCACAUACCGUGCAAAGUGUAGUAUGGAGCAUGCACGGUUGCGCGAGACUGGCGCAAGUGCAAGAGAACAUGGUCACCGCGUUCACUGAGGUCGGCGGGGCUGAUAACAACCGGCUUACGGUCGCGUUAAAUCGGGCAUACUAUCGCGCUCGACAGGGUAAGUACGAAGCUGCCCUCGCCAGUCUCAUCGACCCCGAUGUGUGGCGAGGGCUGUACAUGACAGACUAUCAUAUUUGGGCGAACGAGAUUUGGCAUAUUCUCGCCCUGCGUGCCAGUCGCCGUGGACAACCACGGCAGUUCACGGAGUUCCUGAAGCAACGCCGUCCGCACGGCGUGUACAAGGGCCGGGAGUAUUGGAAUGGAACUUCGAUGUCGCUCGGGUCGAUGAUUCGGGAUCCGAUGUACGAGUAUAUACAAAUGAAAGAAGCGGACCAAGGGUAUACCUGGGUGGAACCACUGUUGACAGCCAGCUGGCAGGCCGAGUUUCAGCGUAGAUACGGGCACUACCGAACAGCGCUCGUCCUGUUAGCCGACGUUGCGCUAGAGCUUGGGAUGACGAAAUGGUGUAGGAGAGUGAUUGAGGAGAUCCUACCUCAGAUUAUUGGUGGGGAUGAUCUUGAACAGCGAGCGUUGACGUGUUUCGUGUUUGCACGUUGUAUCAUUGCCGCAGGGAAUUGGUCGCCUCAAUCGCUGCAAGAAUCCAUCCCAUACUUGGUCACUGCUGAGAAAGACUACGAGUUAUUAGAAAUGUUCCGGCGGUUGCAAGACGUUCGAUAUUUCUUGUCAGUGGUAUACCACAAUCUCGGCAUGACGAAGGAGCGAGAUGCUACCGCGGUACGGCACUUGAAAGCGGACUCCGACCGAGCAAAGGCGGCGACUGUUGUAUUGGAGGAAAUGGUCACGGAGGUCUGGGAUCUUGUUGUAGAUGUAGGUGCUGCACUGGCAGCUAGAUGACCCGUACCAUUACCUCGUACUUGAGCGCCGGCUAGUUCGGGUAUGUACUAUCAGCCUAAUGUAGUGCAAUCGUCGCCGCGUUCAAGCGCAGCGACAGUUGCCUGCGCGUCGCGCGCUGAACGAGACGCGUCAUUAAGUG